AUGGAUAGGUCUCAGGUUAAAGCAUCCGUAAGGCGAAGAGAAAAAGUCGUGGAACUCAUCGAAGUUGACGGGAAGAAAGUGAGCAGAACAUCAACCGGUAAGCGUAAGUUUCAUAAUAAAUCGAAGAAUGGGUGUGACAAUUGUAAGAGGAGAAGAGUGAAGUGUGAUGAAGGGAAGCCCGCGUGCCAAAAAUGCCUGAAUAUGAAGUUAGAUUGCGUCUACACCCCGGUUCAGCCAAGAAAGAAGAAGGAUCUGACGGUGGUGAAGUAUGUUACAACAAAUUCGGAUCAGCCAACAGAGAACGGCGUGGGAGAGGAGAAGGAAAGCAACGUCAGCAAAGAUGGUAGUACAGCAAGCAGCAGUAACGGUAGCAGUCGGUCUGGUAGCCUUGUUGCCGAAGCGGCUUCACAAGCCAUAUCGAAUGAAAGCGUGGGAAGUGGCUUCGAAAAUCCAUUGGGUAGAAAACCAGGGUCCACCUCUGCAAAAAUGGCUGGUUCAGAUAUGCAGAACACUAAGAAGCAGAAUGUUCUGCCCCAGAAUAAUCGGCUGAACUCUCCGGGGAGACUCUUGUCGAACUCCAACGGAUCCAAAGGUACAAUGGAUGGUCUGCUGCUUCCGCCGCUGGUACCGGACACUAAUAAUAAUGGCCACCAAGCACAGCAGCAAUACCAGCAACAAUCACUUCUCUUACCGCAGCUGAUGACGCUAACCAAUUCGGAAAAAUACGUUGCUUUCGAUUUGCUGAAUAGUCCUUCAUUCCAACCGGCUGGUAUGAACAUAACUAAUAGUAUUGGGAGCAUCUUUUCACCGGCUCGCUUGCCCCCAACGCAGAAUCAGCCGCAUUUCUCGUCACACGUUAACGGUCAAGGCCCUCAGCAGCCGCAACAAGGUCAACAAAUACAGCAACAACCACCACAGGCACAGCGACAAAACCAGGAAGUUCAACAGCAGACGAGUGAUACUCAAACGACGACACAGCAAUCAUCGCAGCAGGGCCAGAUUCCUUCCAACCCGUUAACGUUUCAGGCGGAAUCGCUUGCGCAGCUUAGUAAAGCAAGCAUUAACUUGAAGUCCAUGGGUAUGUUUCCAACUGCAGGAAUAGGUGGUGUAACGUACGAUUUUCAGGAGCUAUCGGGAAUCAAAUACAAUGGGAACAGCCACGCGGCUAAAGCAAGCAGCGCCGAAGAAGCUUUAGCUAACAUGCAAGAACAGCAAGAGCAGGUUGCAAAAAACGGAAACGUCGUUAAUGAAGCCUGCAAUGGUAGUAUGCUGGCGGAUUCCGGUUUGCCGGGAAACCCAACCAUAUCUCCUGUAAGUGCAAUACCAAUGAUGAAGCAUGGGCUAAAUGAGAAGGAGAACUCUCCAUCAGCUGCAGCUGUUGCGAGCAGAGACGGCAUAGAUGAAUCCAUAACAAAGAGUGAAAGAAUGAUGAAAUCUCAAACACAGGAAUCGUCCUCAUCCAAUGAUACCGCUCGGGCGGGCAACAUCGCUAAGCUAUUCGAGUAUUCCCGUGAGAGCAAUUUGAAUUUGAUAGAUCUUAAACUUUUUCACCACUAUUGCACCAAGGUUUGGCCUUCCAUAACUGCGGCUGGUAUCUCCGGUCUUGAAGUGUGGAGCACCGAUAUUCCAGACCUCGCAUUCGAAUAUCCUUUUUUAAUGCACUCCCUACUCGCAUUUAGUGCCACGCAUCUGUCAAGGACAGAGUACGGGCUUGAACAGUACGUGUCUAAGCAUAGACUAGAUGCUUUGAGACUGCUGAGGGAGGCCGUCCUCAAGAUCUCAGAGGAUAAUACAGAUGCUCUGGUAGCCAGCGCUUUGAUAUUGAUUAUGGAUUCGUUGGCUAACGCAUCUACCUCCAGCCCCGCCAACCCUACUUCCAUGUCACCUUCUGCGUGGAUUUUCCAUGUCAAAGGUGCUGCAACAAUUCUAACUGCUGUAUGGCCGCUGACUGAGAAGUCGAGAUUUUACAACCUAAUAUCAGUCGACCUGAGUGACUUGGGUGACGUUGUCAAUCAAGAAAGCGGAACUGUAUCAGAGCUUGUGUGUUUUGACGAAAGUAUAGCUGACCUCUACCCAGUUGAGAUAGAUUCCCCCUACCUGAUAACACUUGCGUACCUCGAUAAAUUGAAUCGUGAGAAAAAUCAGUCCGACUUCAUACUCCGAGUGUUUGCAUUUCCGGCAUUGCUAGACAAGACCUUUCUGGCAUUGCUGAUGACCGGUGAUUUAGGUGCUAUGAGAAUCAUGAGAAGUUACUAUAAACUGCUACGCGGUUUUACCACCGAGAUGAAGGACAAAGUAUGGUUUCUAGAGGGUGUUUCGCAAGUCUUACCGCAGGAUGUGGACGAGUAUAGCGGGGGCGGAGGGAUGCAUAUGAUGUUGGAUUUUCUUGGUGGUGGUCUGCCCUCGAUGACGACGACAAACCUGUCAGAGUUCAUGUGA